AUGACUGCACUCAACAUUCUUGCAGAAUAUCGCUCCUUUGCUCGGCUCUUCAGGCUGCGAACCUUCUUCGGACCAGAUGUCGAUCCACCUGUAGCCAACAUUGCUCUGCAUUUUGCGGGUGCCUUCUCUCAAAAGUUCCGAGCCAGAAAUCCUUGUUGGAAUCCGCCCGUUGUCAACGUGGACCUCGAACACAUUCUCAGGCAGGGUGAAUUGCUCCUUAGUCAGCAAAUCUCCUCAACCGUUUUCACUCACGGGCCUAUGCUUCCAUCAAGGCUUCUCUCUGCACUCAGAAAGCUUCGAAAGGACUCCUCCAUCGUCAUCAAGUCAGCCGACAAGAACCUGGGACUUGUUGUGCUUGACAAAACCUGGUACGAGCUCGAAGGAUUACGGCUGCUCUCUGAUCAAAAUGUGUACUCCGUCAUCUCUGCAGUGCCUUGGAAUACGAUUCGACAAGAGCUGAUCUCCAUCAUUGAAAGGUUCGGUGCUAUCUUGAAGGGUGUGAAAGAUUUUCUCCUGAGCGUUCAAAUCAAUAAAGCAAGUGCUUGUGCUUUUUACUUGCUCCCGAAAAUCCAUAAACCCACUCUCACGGGGCGUCCAAUCUGUUCCUAUUCUGGGUACCUGCUGGAACCCGCCUCCAAAGUGCUGCACCACCUUCUUCUUCCAGUUUUGCUUGAGCAAUCGAAUCAUUUGACAGACUCCAUCUGCCUGUUGCGUGAUCUUGAGAACUUGUGCCUCCCACGCGAUUGCUUGCUCUUCACUUUUGACGUCGAGUCGCUCUAUCCGAGCAUCCCCAUGAAUGCUGGUCUCUCUGCUCUGAAAGCGAUGGUGACAAAGUUUUUUGUCCUUCAUGGUAUUAAUCUACGGCUUGUUGAGAUGAUCUACCUCCUAGCCGAGCUUGUUCUUCAAUACCAUUUCCUAGAGUUUGAUGGUAUCGUCUACCAGCAGAUCCGUGGAACCGCUAUGGGCAGUAAUUUUGCUGUUGUGUAUGCAUGCCUCUUUCUGUGUCACUUGGAAUUUUCUCUUUCCUCCACCGUGGACACUUCACCUCUCCUCUUUUAUAAGAGGUUUAUCGAUGAUGCUUUCGGGAUUUGGACUGGCUCCUUGCACUCUCUCCAGCAGUUUCUCUCUGCCUAUCAGAAUGUUUUUCCCGAGAUCAACAUUAAUCCAUGCAUCUCCUCCACUUCAGCGGUUAUUCUUGACAUAAAUUUCUACAAAGGGCCGAAGUUUCUCUCUACGGGUAUUCUUUCUUCUCAAUGCCAUCAGAAAAAGCUCAAUGCCUAUCAAUACAUCUUGUAUAAAUCUUGGCAUCCGUCUCAUCAGAAGAAAGCUUUUGUCAUCAGCGAGCUUCGCCGUUAUUUAUUACGGGAAUCUGAGCCUUCCGGUUUUGUUCGUUUGAAAAGGCUCCUUUUUCAAAGACUUCGUGCCCGAGGCUACCCCAGAAGGUUUCUUGUACACUGCUUCAAUAAGGUCUCUCCGAAGGACAAGUCAGCGCUUCUUCAGCGAGUUUUUGCUCCAAAAAUAAGAAAGAGGGCCCCCCUUGUAUUCAAACUUGAUUUUAGUCCUUCGACUAAAGCGAUGAACUUGGGGGUUUCCCUAAACCCUAAACCCUAA